AGACCGAGGCAGCGACGGUAGAGCCAUAGCAGCGGUCUGAGAGCAGGAUGUUCCGCCUUUUUCUUUAAGCCCUCACACUUUUUGGUACAUUCGUUUGGGUAAAUAACAGCCCAUGGUGUUGUAUGUAACACCGUAGUUUGUCUUUGCUAAUUCUUAAGCUUUUUUAUCAACAUGGCGGGGAAAUACAACGAAAAAACUCCUCUCUUUGACAAGAAGAAAACCGCAGAACCGUUGGCUUCAAACUGCGGCAACUGCUUCGUCAGAACAAAAAGAAUCCUCUCGUAUGUAACCGUCGAGCCAGCUCUGGUCUUGUACGCCCUUGGCUUUGGUCUUGAAUCGGUUUUCAUGACCAACCUGUGGGUGGACAAGACCUGCCUCAUCCACUAUGGCUUCGGCGAGGGCGUGUGUGCCAAACUGGACUCCGGAAUGUACACGCAGCAGCAGGACACGGUGCAGCGUCUGGUGAAUCAGUACAACGUGUACAGGCACAUCGUGGAAUACCUGCCGGCCCUCGUGGUGGUGCUGCUCCUGGGGGCGUGGAGCGACCGGCGCGGCCGCCGACUGCCUAUUCUCGUGCCUGCGUUGGGGCAACUCCUGAUGGGCCUCGGACUGGUGGCCAACUCCUACUGGUGGUCCCUUCCUCCCUCCUUCAUCCUGCUGGCCUACUUCCCCGUGGGCUUGACCGGCGGCGCUAUGGGGCUGUUCAUGGGCAUCUACGCCUACGUGAGCGCGACGUCUACUCGGGAAGCCCGCACAACACGCAUGUCCGUCGUGGGUGUCAUCCUAUUCCUCGUGUCCCCGGCAGGCAAAUACCUGGGUACCGUCAUCUACGGCUGCGGCGGAUACGUUGCUGUUUUCGGAGCCAUGGCGAUGCUGGAUUUCCUCAGUGUCCUCUAUGUCCUGGUGCGCCUCAAGGAGCAUCCUGAAGGCGCCAGGGCCGAGACUUCAAGCAAGGCGGGCGUGUGCGAGGCCUUGUCCCCCGCCCACUUGAAAGUCGCGUUUCUGGCGGUGUGGCGGCCUCGCGAGGGACGCGCUCGGACCCAUAUCCUUGUGCACAUUUUCAUCGUCUGCGUCCAGGUGUUCAACUUCGGUUUGAUUAACUAUGAUUUCCUGUACACGCGCAAGAGGUUCUCCUGGGAUUAUAAUGACUUUACUUUGUGGUCUAUUGUGAGCAUGCCACUCUCCUCUGCGGGGACGAUUGUGGUGAUACCUCUCCUUAGCUACUAUUUCCGGGUCGAGGAUUCCAUGCUAGGCUUUGCAGGGGGCGUGUCAGCUCUCUUCACGUACGUGCUAAGGGCCACCGCACCGGCGCCCUGGGUUUUUUACCUGUCCACGGUUGUGAGUCUCCUCUCAAGCACAGUCUUGGUUGCCUCCCGGGCUGCUGUGUCCAAGUUAGUGGAGAAGACCGAACUAGGCGCUGUAUUUGCUGUUCUCGCCGCUGCAGAGACUGUUACCCCUGUGCUUUCCUCCUUUGUGUACACCUACAUAUAUAACGCCACACUGGAUACAUUUCCGGGUACCAUUUACGUCGCAGCAGCCGUGGGUAGCGUUAUCAUCUGCUGCAGUUACGUAUGGUUGCUUACCCAUGGAGUUUACAAGUACGCCUACAAGCAAGUUCCACACCCGUAAGAUAUCAUUUCAAUAACAAAAACAAUUGUCAGUUGUUUAACCAUGAGAAGUCUUUUUAUUUUACCGAUUUCGGCGUGCGCUAAAGAUUCACGGAGUUACUGGACGCGCCCAGGGCUAAAUUCACAAAUAUUUAGUACAAAUAUUAGUAUUAUGACCAUUAGCAUCUGAAUAGCUUCACUGAUACUUAAGUGCAAUCUUUUAAUCAUUCGAAUUUU